AUGGCCGGCAGACAACGGUCAUGGUUGAAGCGAGGAGAUGCCGUCUACUUCAACAGCCGAGGCGAGAUCACCUCAUAUGCGACUGAGGCCCUGAGCAGCAAGGGACCGCACGGCCACAUGCGGUGGCAGAUCAGCACAGACGCCAAGUGGACCCCCGCCGACCCCGCAGCUGCCUUUGACUCCUCCGCUCCCCCGGCCCACGUGCCCUCCCUGCACGCCAUGGCUCUUAAAGCCGGGGGACGGCCGGAGGUGAUUCUGGCGGUGGGGGAUAACGAGGCGGUGUUUGUGUCCCCUGGGGGGAAGAUCCUGGGGACGCUUGCGCUGCCGACGACACCCACAGAGCCGAUUAUUGUGGCGGAUUUCAAUGGCGAUCGGCUGAAUGACCUGAUUAUCGUCACUGCCAUUGGCCCGUACGGGUUCGUUCAGGUGCGCUGCUCGUCUCUGCUCAUCUCUCCUUGA